GGCAGACCGGAAGUACACGGGUAAAAAAAGGGGGAAUCCGAGGGUUUAAUAAAGGGUUCACCAGAAGAAAAAUAACUAAUGUUUUCUUCUAAGUUUGGACAAAUGCGUUUCUUUCACAUCGAUUGAAGAGUCAGGCGAUGCAGCCAAACGUUAUAUCGAAGGUCUGCAGUAUUUUUGCUUCACCUGUAACAGUGGGUUGAUUCUUUUAUGUCUCUAAUGCGCAUGUGUGCGGGCUCCUCUGUAGCCGACACUGCUGACUUCACCUGGAUGAAAACUCUUCAAGUUUGAAGUGUGUUCGAAAAGGAUGUAUGCACCUGUGAAGGACACUCCCGGGUAGGUUCCAGUUUGAAAACAUAAUCACUGAGAUUGUGUGCAGUUUCUUUGUAAUAAGAAAAUGGAGCCCUUAAUAUACACUGACUCUGUACUAAUAAGUUUUCUUUGUGUUGACUCAAAUAACCACAGUUUCUAUUAAACUUAACCUGGAGCAAUGCAAGUCAGCGUGCCAAAUUGGGCUGGCAAUGGCCCUAACCAUAACCUUCAUAUAAUAUGAACUAUGUGACUCCGCCCCCAGUCAGUUUAAGCUAAAAAGCUCCUAUUUCCGUGUUUCUCCUCCAUUUCCUGAAUCCAGCAUUUGUGCAGUAGCGUUUGGCCGGCCCCCGCCCCAUGAUCUAUGCUUCCAAGUGUCAGUCAGUGAAUCUAUAUCACUUUUUUCCAGUCUUAUAACCCCUUAUAACUUUUGAAUAUGGAACUGCAGAGAAAAAAGAGGACUUGAGCACUAAGAAGUGCAUGUCAACAUCGUAACCAGGGGCAAAAAAAAACGCAUGACUUGUAUUUAAUUUCCAAUGUUUGACCACAGCACCAUUCAUUUUGCUGGAGGAGGUACGGUUUGACCUAUACUGCAACCAGUCACCAGGGGGUGCUGUUCUCGUGGAGGCUUCAACCAUCAAAGAAGCAGAUGAUGAUGUCUAUUCUGUAUACAGUCUAUGGCCAUAACUCAUGUUUUUACUGUACUAGGGCUCAUAUUAAUACAGUCUACCAGAUUAUCAGGCAUGAAUUAGUUCACUGUAUGUUUAAGCAGAGGGUGCUGUCAUCCUAACCUGACCAGCCCAGUCACCCUUGACCUCAGUAAACUAAUACAGUGAUGUUUUUCUCCAAAAGUGGAGUACAUGGUUAAGCAAAGCCACUGAGCGCAAUCACAACAAUUCAAAGCCUGAGAGGCGCUGUGUGGAAGUAUAUUGAGUUCAGUACCUUAGAUGGAAAUGAAAUGCAAAGAUAGAGCUGUGUGUUUACAGGAAGGCAGCUGUCUUACUCAUCAGCAACCAGCCUCACUUGAUGGUUUUCUAUCCAUGUGAAGCAACAGCAGAGAAGGCACCAUCAGUGUGUCAUCAACCCUGUAUGACUGCCUUAUAUAGCAGGCUCUGUGUGUAAGACCACGAGAAAGUCCAUCACUAACAGGACUUCCAAACUUGAACGUGUCUGAACUAUUGCUUAUUGUUAUUGUUAUUUGACAGCCCUAGCAUGACUGAAGGCUAGCGGUGCUUGCUGUGCUCGUAGUCAGCACACUCAGCAAGUCCGAAAACCAAAACUGAUACUGAAAUUUACGACAAUAACCGACAUCAUUUUGCCCAUGUCAAUAUAUUCAGUAUCAAUAAAUUAUAAUAAUAUAAAUUGGAUUUGGAUGUGUGUAGGUAGGCUAUGGUCUCAUGUCCCUUUAAGACGCUGUCCUACGUCAGAGACUCCAGCCCAUCCAGUCCGUAACAAAGAGGGAAAGACAGGUGAGGAGAUGGAGGACAGUUCAAAAGUUGUAGCGGCUGGAGCGGCGGCUGAAGUAGAUGAAGUUAAUGUGGGAGGGGGUGAGCAACUUGUGGAGGAGUUAUUGUUCAUAUAUCGUUAUCCAGGUGAACUGCUCAAUAUAUUGUGAUAUUGAUUUGAGGCCAUAUCGCCCAGCCCUACGGUUUCCUGAUUAUUUCUCAAUUUAAGACAAGUUUGGCAGUUUGAAUUUUUAAUUAAACGUGGAAAAAAUGAGCGUUGCCAUCCCAUACCUCAUUCUUGUAGGAGUUGACUUCAUGCUCCACCCUCAGUUUUAUAGAUUUCUCUGCUCUCUUGCUUUAACUCCAUUGUUUUGUUUUCUUGGUUUUCCUACCUAAGACCAUCGUCAGACUGAGUAGACUUCUUUCUGCAUGCUGAUUUCUGUCCUUUAUGUUCUUCUCAGUGGGUCUGGCAUCAUCUACCAAGCUGUACCUGCUGUUGGAGCCAAUGGACAGAACAUCAUGAGACUGAUUCCUUUUCAGAUGGUGAAAAACGGGUUGGUCCAGAGUCAGACAAGCCAACCCAAAACCAGUCCGUCACUGAGGAACGCUGUGACUGCAAAUAUGACCCCUUUACCUGCACAGGUUGUAGCCUCUGAUCCUCAUAUCCUACAGUUUCUCAGGAUGCAAGUCCUACCCAAGGAUGUUUAUUCGAAAGGAGAUAUAGAUCUCCAUCACUCACAAGACAAACCUCUACCUCAAAAGAAAGUGCCUGUAAGUGAAAAACCUGCUGCUCAUAGUGAAAAAACUGCUGCUCAUUGUGUGAAGUCUCAAACACUUCCUGGUCACGUCCUUGUGGCAAACAAAACUUCCUGCAUCCCGAGAAGGCUGACAGUCCCAGCAUCAGAGCCUACUCAACCCAUCAUUACUUCAUCGGCAAUCUCCACUCCAGACUCAAGCCUUGAUUUGGUCUACAUCUCACCCAUUAAGCCUGUGAAUGUGGACUUUAAUCUGGUCAGUACUCCUUCACCACCCCUGCGUAAACUGCUCCCUAAGAAAACUCCAUAUGCAUCAUCUUUUGGACCCAAACCAGGUCUUAUGUUAGUCCCUCAGGCUCCACAAAAGCCCAACAGCCCCACCAAGUGGAGGAUUGAAGAGAAAAAGAACUCAAGACCUCCUCAAGCUGUUGUGUCUUCUUAUGUUGCUUCAGAGGUCAUUCGGGCUGUGGCAAAGCGAGAAAAGGGUUGUAGGCCUCCAGACGUCAUGUAUCAAAAUAUUUCCUUGAUGAGUCAGGACACAACUGGACAAAGAGAGGAGGACACUGUGGUCCUGUGCAACGGGAAGGUCUUCUCAAAACAUGCACAAAUCGGACAAAAUGACCCCUCUAGACCAGCAACAAAGACUUAUGUUUUCACCAAAACAAAUGGACCCUCUCCAAAGUUGGUCCAAAAAAAGCAGGUCAUCAUUCAAAGUAUGUCCAGUAAAGUGAUCGAUCUUUGUGAUGACACUCAGGAGGACAUAUCUAAGCAAGUAGCAUCAGCAGCCACCUCAUCUGAUGAAGACAAUGUCAUAUUCAUGUCGUACACUCCACCUAAACUGAAGCUUGGAACAGCAGAGGAUUUUACUCCAAAAGCAGCACCUGGGAAGAAACCAGAUCAGAUGGGCUCAGGUGGUGACGGAGGAGCUGAGAGGACAGGAACAAAUCCGUCAAGUGUUCGUGAUGCAGCGAGGAUGAGCAUGUACAAAAACGAACACUUAUAUGUGAUAAGUCAGCAGAGCCUCUCCACCCUACAAGAAGAGGUAAAUAUAAAAACGGUUAGUGCUGUUUUUCCUGAAAUGCACCCUAUCCCUAAACAUGACUGGACAUGAAAGUUUCUGUGAGUAACUUUCUGUUAGGGUUUGGUUUUGGCACCCGCUGUUGAACAUGCAGCUCCAUGUCUCUUUGCCUUUGACAUAUCUCAGUGGUGUUUUUAAUCAAAUGAUUUUAUCCUGCUCUUUUUAAACAGUCUCUGUGGGGCUGUGAACUAUGGUGUUUAUAAAUUGUACCUCUUCUUCAUCUUUUUAUCUUUUUUUAUUUGCAGAGCGUCAGUAAUCCUUCACAAAACACUUGCCUGGAAUCAAAAUCCCAACAAAUUUCAGACCAUCGGCUCAGACAGAUGUUCGGGGUCACAGCUGAUGUGAAAAUUUGCCUUCAGAGGAUUGAUGAGGCCUCAACUGCUUUCUCUCAUGUAGAGCAUCACCACUGCAAGUCCACAAUGACAGAAGGUGGACAUCAGGAGAGCAACAGCAGCUCCUGUGGUGUAAAAAGUGAGGAAGAGCUUUCUUCAGAAUACACUUCUCUGACUUUAUACUCUCAUAUUAGCCCACUUAAAUGUUCACAUUUUGAACCAGGAACAAAAACCCUCUCUGCCUCAGAAAACAAAGUUCACCAGGGUCAAAGGGAAGCAGAAGCUGACUCAUUGAUCAGCUACAUGGAACCCAUAGACGAGGAUGUCCUCAGCACGGACGAGAAGGACAGCCCACACAAACAGGACAUCACUACAGAGGCACAGGAGGACAAACGGAGGAUCGGACGAACAAGGAAACGCACAACAUGUCCAUGCUGCUUUUCUGGUUCACCAAUAAAGGCUGUGAAGUGGAGUUUAAAAACUGACUUAGCUGAGAAGUUUGCUGGGCAGAGGAGAAGAAAAGAUGGAGCAAAAACAGCAAGAAAACGUGGAAGAUUAUCUGGAAAGAUGGGCUGUCAAACUGUGAAGAGGAGAACAGACACUGCAGACUGGGACCGAUCGGGCACAGCCUCUGUCGACUCUGAUGAGCUGAGGUGUCACGAGGAGAUCAGACGACUCAGGGAGCUCCUGAGGGAGAAAGAAGCAGCUUUAGAGCUGCUGAGGAAAAACUGUAGCAGAGAUAAAGCAUCACUAACACCAAUUUAAAGUACACAUUCACUCGCAUUAAUGCCUUUAUUUGUAGGUUCGUUCUUUCUGAUUUUAAAACUGAUGUUGGGAGCGCUCUGCUCGGAUGUGUUAUUUCUAAGACAAAAAUGACAUUUUGAAUUUAAUAUGAAACACUGGAGAUAUUUUCUGCUGAACAAAGACAUUACAGUUUGAGACCUACGAAUCCUGUCCUACACCUCUGUGGCAGAGGUUGAAGACAUUGAAAAUAACCUUUAAGAAGAAAAUGAGCCCUCAUACUAUUUGUUGUAAUAGUUCAUCCAUUCACAUAUCAGAUUAACUGCAUGACUGUUUAUAGUGAGAUAACAAGGAAACAAAUCCUGCCCUCUAUUGGAAUCUGUUUGCAAAGAAUCUGGGAAAUAAAUAUCAAGCUAAACUUGGAGUAACACACAAUAAAACAUGUGCAGCCCUGAGAAACAAUUUCAAAAUACAAUCUAUGUGAUCAAUUAAAGAUUUAUAGACCAUUCCCUGUUCCCUCAGCUCCUUUCAUUCUAAUUAUUGCUUCAGUUUCCACUCAUGCCUCAACCUAAAACCUUUAAAUCAGCUCUGGAUUGAAAAUAGAUCAAGCGUCAAAUUAAACGAAUACUGACCACAUUACACUCCCUUUAGCUUCCUACACUGAUUCCUAGUUUGUUUUUGAGUCGGUCUUACUGCCGGUCUGUAGACUCUUCCUGCCUCUGUCUGUGCUACAUAUCUAAACUGUGAAGUCUAUACGAGCAGGAGGUAAGCCAUUUUGAUUAUUAAAUAACACCAGGUUGCUGAAAGUAUUUGCUCUUGCACUUUAGUCUUUUGGUGCCUCUUCCUGUAACCCCUGAAAACGUUAUAAAACCCAAAAGCAUUCCUGAGGUGGAAAAAAAAUAUCCAUUAAGUACCACGAGGUUGGUAUCAAAUCCUGCCAAGUCUUUCAGUGUAUGUGCAAACAUCAAAAUCAUCAAAACUUGGAAGUAUUCUUUUCCUACUAAUCCUGUUUUUGUUUUUAGCAUGACACACUGAUGAAACACAUGAGUGAUUUUUAUUUAUUUUUUUCUCAAAGUCCGUCGUAGUCAGGAGGAUAUUCCUGGUAUCAAUAUAUUCAGCUACUUUACUUGGGUAAAACUUAUGUAAAAGUCUAAAAAAAAAACACUUGAUAAUUUCAUUAACAAUUUAGAAUUUAUCGCCAACAGAAGAUAUUGUGCCUGUAAAUUUGACCAUGAAGCAAAGCCCCAAGAAAAGUCUUUUACAAUUACAACUUACAGUAUAUUUCUGCACAUAUAAAAUAAAAUGAAGUUCUUAUACGUAAUGUUUAUAUUGCAGUCCUUUAUUAUAUUGUUCUAUCCCUUUGCACCUAAAGCAUGUAUCUGAAAACGGAGGCCUUGUGCAAACGACAUUUUGUUCUGUAUUUACCUAUUGCGUUUUGAAAGGCAAUAAAAUUCUUACCUUUACUUAUAUCAA